AAACACACCCUAUGGGUUGGUUGGUUGGUUGGUAGCACUAUACUGGGGUUGGUUGGUUGGUAGCACUAUACUGUAUAUGUAUAUGACAGUGCUCCAAGCUAUUACCACUAGCUAGUACACUACCAAACAAACACAUAAUCUUGAAGAGGAAGGAAGGAAAUGGGAGAUACUAUUCAUAUUCCUCGAGUCAAGCUUGGAAGCCAAGGAUUAGAAGUUUCUAAGCUUGGAUAUGGAUGCAUGGGACUCACUGGAAUAUACAAUGCUGCUGUUCCAGAAGAUGUUGCUAUAUCUUUGAUCAAACAUGCUUUCUCCAAAGGUAUCACUUUCUUUGACACUUCUGAUGUUUAUGCAGCACAUGCCAAUGAAGUUUUGGUUGGAAAGGCAUUAAAACACUUGCCUCGAGAUCAAAUUCAGAUUGCUACAAAAUUUGGGAUUGUCAAAAAGGAAGAUAGCAAAAUUAUUGUAAAUGGUAGUCCUGAAUAUGUUCGUUCUUGUUGUGAGGGUAGCCUUCAACGUCUUGGGGUGGAAUACAUAGAUCUGUAUUACCAGCACCGUGUUGACACCACAGUUCCAAUUGAAGACACUAUGGGUGAGCUUAAGAAGCUGGUUGAAGAGGGAAAGAUUAAGUACAUUGGAUUAUCUGAGGCUAAUACUGAUACAAUCCGAAGGGCACAUGCUGUUCAUCCUAUUACCGCUCUCCAAAUGGAAUGGAAUCUUUGGACCCGCGAAAUUGAACCAGAUAUUGUUCCUCUUUGCAGGGAACUUGGUAUUGGACUAGUACCAUACUGUCCCCUUGGCGGCGGAUUUUUCGGAGGCAAGGCUAUCAAAGAAAGUCUUCCUUCAUGCAGUUUUCUGGCAAUGCUACCACGGUUACAAGGAGAAAACUUUGACAGGAACAAGAUAUUGUAUUCUCAGAUGGAAAAGUUGGCAGAAGAAAAGCAUGGAUGUACAUCUUCACAACUUGCUCUUGCAUGGCUUCUUCAUCAAGGAGAAGAUGUAGUGCCCAUCCCUGGAACAACCAAGAUAAAAAAUCUUGAAAGUAAUAUCAGUUCGUUUCAAGUGAAGCUCAAUGAAGAUGAUUUGAAGGAGAUUGAAGAGACCGUGCCAAUAUCUGAGGUGAUGGGGAGUCGGACAACCGAUGCUUUAAUUCAAGUUUCAUGGAGGUUUGCUAAUACUCCGCCAAAAGCAUAGUGCUUCAUGCCAGUUUUACAUCUCAGUGUGUUUGAGAUUAUAGUUUCCGGUUGGCCUCUUUGCGUGACUCAAAAAUUUUAAUCGGUCGAAUACGGAUAACUCAUCAGAAUUUGUGUUUUAUGCAUAACUAUGUUUCUUUUUAUGUGAUUAAAUCAGUUUGCUUAUUUUUUCACAUAUUUGUUUGUUUUGAUUUCCCGUCUUCGUACGGUGUAUUUUGUUGUCCAGUCUUUGUGCGGUGUUCAUUUGUUUCAGGUUGCUUAUAAUUAAUGUGAAAUCAUGUUCCACCAA